AUGACUGACCUCUACUACAGACCGCUUUACUGCUUUCUGCUACAGACCAUUUACCGCAUCCAAGACCUUGUCACAGUGGACGACGUAGUGGAAUUCCUGAGGUGCAGGGGUUUUGGGCAGUAUGUUGCAGCAUUUAGGCGACACAAGAUAGAUGGAGAUGUAGUCUCGAAUCUAAGCGACGCUGUGCUUGCUGAGCUCAUUCCUGAGAUCGGACCGAGGGUCAAACUACAAAAAGCACUGCAGGAGCUGAAGGACAACUCGGACUCCGCUGAAAGCAGCAAACCUGUCCACGCUGACUGGGAAAUCCCCCGGUCCAGUCUGACGCUCGGCAAAGUCCUGGGGAAGGGACAGUUUGGAGAGGUCCGUAUGGGGGAGCUGAGGAAGAGAGGUGUUACCCAGACCGUGGCAGUCAAGACACUGAAAGCAUCUGCCGAAGACCGAGACAAAGAGGACCUGUUGGGGGAGCUGGAGAUUCUGGUCACUGUUGGUCGUCAUGACAACAUCAUCAGUCUGGUUGGCGCAUGCACAGUAGAAGGUCCUCUGGCACUUGUGGUUGAGUACGCACCAAACGGCUGUCUGAAGGACUGGCUGAAGGACAACCGUCCUGAGGAGCUGGACCAGACAGACGACAAAAACAUCGCCACCUCCGGGGUUCAGCUGCCGAUGGACCAGCUCAUCCUGUUCGGUAUUGACAUCGCGAAUGGGAUGAGUCAUCUGGCCGCCAUGCAGUGUGUCCACCGUGACCUUGCCGCCAGGAAUGUGCUCCUUGGGAAGAACCUGACGGCCAAGAUCUCAGACUUUGGUCUGUCUCGGGAUAUUUACGAGGAGUCUGAGUACGUCAAGAGCACGAAGAGCCAGCUUCCCGUCCGUUGGAUCGCAUACGAGUCCCUAUUCUACCACACGUACACCACACAGAGCGAUGUGUGGUCCUUCGGAGUGCUUCUGUGGGAGAUCAUGACAAUGGGUAAGAAGCCGUACGGUCGGAUGACCGGCAAAGACCUCAUGAAACUGUUGCCGGACGGCUACAGGCUGGAGAAACCUGCUCUAUGUCCUCAGGAUAUUUACGAUGUGAUGAGGUGCUGUUGGGAAACCCUCCCUGAGAAUAGACCAACUUUCCCGGACCUGAAGGUGACUCUGGACCGGAUCAUUCAAGAUUAUAAGACAUAUGCCUCACUGUUAAAGUAA